CUGAAGUCGGUUCAAGUUUUGUGAACCAGCUGUGCGCGGAUUUCCUCUAAAGGAGCAUCGGGAGCUGGAGUACAAGCGGCCCGCAGCAGCAUGAACACAGCCCGGUUUGUAGUCGCCAUGCGCAGAGGAGGUGCGCAGACCUUCCGACGACCUCAGCUCCUCCUGGCUGCUUAUUCUCCCACAGUUCAGUGCUGUCUGGAGUCGACCCAGGCAGUCCCUGCCGCCCGGCUUCCCUACAGGGUGAAGCUGUCUGCUGGAAAACACUACGCCUGGUGCGCUUGUGGCCACAGCAAGAAGCAGGUCAAGCUGUCCACACGUCCUCCUGAACCAGUCAUCCCAGCUAAGAAGCCCUUCAAGGUGGAGCUGGUUGGUGGGAAGCGUUACUCGUGGUGCACCUGUGGGCACAGCAGGAAGCAGCCUUUCUGUGAUGGAAGCCACAAAACCCGAGCCCAGGGCCUCUCCCCGCUACGCUUUGUCCCAGAGAAAGACGCCUCGGUUUGGUUGUGUGGAUGCAAACACACAAGCAACCCGCCCUACUGCGACGGCACGCACAAGGAGCACUUCAUUGUGUCUGCUCCGCUACAUGAACCAGCAGAGUCCUGAGGGUGGAGGGGGGUGCGUUUCCCAUCAGUGUUUUCAUCAGUUCGACUUUCAUGACAAAGACACUGUUGCAGUCACAUUAGGAUGACUUUACGGUAAAACAGCGAGCAGUUUAUACUGGGGGUAUUUAGCGAAUCGAAGAUUCCUGCGGAAACAACCCGGCAGGCGCUCCAUGAAGAAGUUGGGAUGCAGUGCUAUGCUGGCCUUGAUUUUGAAGCUCCAGUUUUAUGUCCAUGAGAUGAAAUUAGAGUUGGUGGCAGGCUGUGACAGUCAUUAGCCCACACUGCUCACUCCACAGAGACAAGUCACUCUCUUCUUUCCACUGAACUUUUGAAUGGUGUAUGUAAAGUAAAAAUAAACAGGGCAGUCUGUACUCUGA